CUAUAACUGGCUGUCGUCCUUCCGGUGGCCCAAUCGAGUCUCCCUACAUCAUCCUGUUUAUCUACUUCUUCCUCUUCCUCCGCCAUUAGUAGUAGGAGGCCCCUUAGUUUCCCAAUCCCAAACCCACCCACUUCCCCUAAAUGGCCGCCCUCGUCUCUUCCCUUUGCCGGCCUUCCCCCGCCACCCCGAGAUUUCCCCUCCCCUCGCGCGGCGGCUGCUUCGACGCGCGUCGAAGGCCCCUCCGCCUAGGCUUCCGCUGCUCCGCCUCCAGGUCUCCCCGCUUUGACCCAGGCAGCGAACAGAAAGACAAGUCGUUUGGCCUAAAAGAGUCUGCAAUAUCUUUGGCACUGGCAAUUGGAUUGUUUACUGGUGUGCCCGCAUUAACUUCACCGGUGCAUGCAUCUCCUGCAAGUCUAGUGCUGCCUGAUUUGUCGGUGCUCAUCUCUGGACCACCUAUUAAAGAUCCUGGUGCCUUGUUGCGAAAUGCAUUGCCUAUUGAUAACAAAGCCAUAAGGGAGGUUCAAAGACCACUUGAGGAUAUCACAGAGAGUCUCAAGGUUUCUGGAGUCAGGGCGUUGGACUUGGUUGAGCGAAACAUAAGGCAAGCUUCUCGUGCUCUCGAACAAGGGAAGACUCUGAUUCUUAAUGGUGUAGCUGAAUCAAAGAAAGAACAUGGAAAGGAAUUGAUUGAAAAGCUUGCCGUUGGGAUGCAAGAGUUCCAGCAGAUUGUGGAGCAAAGAGAUAGGGAUGCAGUGGCACCGAAGCAGAAGGAACUCUUACAAUAUGUCGGAGGUGUUGAAGAGGAUAUGGUGGAUGGUUUCCCAUACGAGGUGCCAGAGGAAUACAGCAAUAUGCCUCUAUUGAAGGGGAGAGCAACGGUGGAUAUGAAGGUUAAAGUCAAGGACAAUCCAAAUGUCCAGGAUUGUGUAUUUCGCAUUGUGCUCGAUGGGUACAAUGCCCCAGUUACAGCUGGAAACUUCUUAGAUUUAGUUGAAAGGCAUUUCUAUGACGGCAUGGCAAUCCAAAGAGCUGAUGGCUUUGUUGUCCAAACUGGUGACCCUGAGGGGCCUGCAGAGGGUUUCAUUGAUCCUAGUACAGAAAAAGUUCGUACCAUACCUCUAGAAAUCAUGGUUAUUGGUGACAAGACUCCCAUUUAUGGUGAAACAUUAGAGGAACUUGGCAGAUACAAAGCCCAAACACGCCUUCCAUUUAAUGCAUUUGGAACAAUGGCAAUGGCUAGAGAUGAGUUUGACAACAACUCUGGUUCAAGCCAAGUGUUUUGGCUUUUGAAAGAAAGUGAGCUAACACCAAGUAAUGCCAAUAUAUUGGAUGGACGAUAUGCUGUUUUCGGAUAUGUUACAGAGAAUGAAGAUUAUUUGGCAGAUCUCAAGGUUGGUGAUGUUAUUGAGUCAAUCCAAGUAGUAUCUGGUCUUGAAAACCUUGUCAACCCAAGUUACAAGAUUGUAGGAUAGUAUUUAGGGUCCUUUUUUCCUCUUCAGUGAUUUUUAGAAUUUGUAAAGCCCGGAGCACAUAAACGAUGAACUUUGGAGCUUAUUUUUUUUCGAAGUUGCCACUUAAUUUUUCAGGCUGUUGAUCUGAAUCUUAAAUUAAAUGGUCAAUAAACAAACUGACGAAGUAUGAUUUUUUCUGAAA